AUGAUUCGGACUACACUUUUCAAGAGCGUGGCUCAAAGACUCUCGUACAGCAAGCCCACGUUGAGAAGGAACUUUGGUUCUACCUUGAGGGGCCAUUCACACUGGUCGUACAAAUUGGCACUUGGCGCAAGUGUUGGAGGGAUAUUGGCUAUUUCCUAUGGAGUAUCCAAGGGACCAGCUAUUGCAGCAGACAACAAGAUCGGUGGCAGUUUUGAUGCAAACACUACAGUACAAGUAGAGAGUGGAAUUGAUCCAUACUACCUUGACAUUGGAGGACCCUCAGAUUCCAAAUAUGGCCAUCAACUUCAGAAUGACUACAGAAUGAUUGGGUCAGGUUUCAGAAGUGUGACGUUCUUGGGGUUCAAAGUGUAUGCGAUUGGACUCUACAUUGCUAAGGAUGAUGUGCAGAAGGCCCGUCGAAUCUUACAAGGAAUCGCAAAUGUUGAUGAAGAAUUGAAGGAUGAAACAAAAUCAAUUGAUGUGGUAAAUAAACUUAUCGAUGCUCAUAUUCGGUUCCUAGUAAGAAUCACUCCUGUUCGGAACACCGACUUUGGACACAUGAAAGAUGGCUUAACCAAGUCAAUCUUGAACCAUCCCUUAGCAAAGGAAUACAGAGACAGUGUUGGUAGUGGGUUGGAAGAAUUGAAGCAAGCAAUGACUACACACAGAGGUACAUUCCCCAAGAAUAAUGCAUUGAUUUUAACCUUUAAUGAUGCUGAUGGUGGUGGUAUGACUUUAUACUACGACAACACCAAAAAUAAGCAAGUGUCACUGAUGGGAGAGAUUGAAAACCCAUUGAUCUCCCAAAUCUUACUUUUGCUGUAUUUGACAGGACAAAAGCCUUUGAGUCCAACUUUAAGAAGUAGUGGGAUUGAAGGGUUGAUUUCCAUUGCUAAUUGA